AUGCUACAUAUUCAUAUUCGAAAUAUCCAACAACUCCCCUUUGAUUUGCAAAGCUUACAUUUAUGUCCUCCAAUAAGCUUAGUACUUUAUACGAAGCAGUGGUUACGGGAUCUCUCCUUACAUAUGUCUGAUGCCGAAUAUAUUGCUGACGGACCUUUAACUGACAUAGUCGGAGCAGAUUGGGGAGACGAUACAUUACCUUUCGAACUUAUUUUGGUCAAACCCGAUUCUCUUCCUGAUCCAGAACCUCAACCUGUUGGUGGCCAGCGGUGUUUUGAAAUCCCAGCUUCAGAUUUUUUUGACAGUGUUUGUUGGAAUGAACUUGAUCUAGAUAAUCUUCUCACACGUUUGAAUCCUCCGCUUACCUUUCAUUCAUCACAACCAUAG